AUGAACGACCCUGUCAGGGAGCCGGCCUUUCAACGGAGCAAAACCAAGCCCAUUCCGAGAUGGAUGCAAUAUCUCCCCGGUAGGAAGUCAGACGAGAGGGAUGGUAUGGAGCUACCAAGCCCUCGGCCAAGCUCUGUACUUGACGAUCAUUUCUCACCUCUCGAGCCCAGUGUCGCAGAAUUGGACAUGGAGUCUGGCAUAACAGCGGCGUCACCCUCACCUCCACCAGUCCCGCCUCACAGGGUUCCCGUAAUUCCAGCAAUACCAAGACCAAACGAGGAACAGCCUACAGACCCUGGACGUUUAGCAAUUUCAGAGCGCAACGUCAUCCCUCAUCGGCAAAACCCGGCCUUCGCAUCCGAGCCUGUCGAACCUGCGCCCGCAUUCAAGGGCGUUCAGAUGUCCCGCCCCUUCACCUUUAUCGACGAGAAACCAGGCCAACGUCCGUCGUCAAGACUGCAUCCAGGCGGCCUUGAGCCCAGCAGGCAUGUACGCUUCAUAAGCCCUCCUAAGACUACUUCCAGUCCCACAUUGCCAUCAGCCUCUGUUGGUCACGCCAGGCCUCCGCCAGAGUCUUCCGAAUACCUGUACCACCACGUCUACCCGGCAGGCCAAGUCAAGUCCUCGAUACUCCUUCCCUCGAACCUCCGGGGCGGGAACCUGUCAGUGGCCACGCCUGUCGUUCCGCGUUGUAUUGGUGUCAACACGGGGUCAGCAGCCAAAACCGUCUUGAGAUCGUUUGCAGAACGCUCUUGCUCCCCGGAUCUCGCCCGUGGCUCUACAGAGGUUGAGGGGCUGGGGCGCGGAAAGAUGCGUCCGAAGCAUCACGAGAUUGCAGAACAGCAAAGGGUCCAUGGGGGAGGAGACGGUGCCGCCGAGUCUGUAGGGGAGAAACGGCCUGGCCGUGCGGUCACCUUCCAAGACCAAUUGAAGAAGGUGUUUGGCUUCUCGUGAUGGUUUCGUGUAGACUUGAGAAAAUCCUUAAAUAGCACGCUUUAAU